UUUAUGAAAGCGCUGCUUACUUCGUCCAGCGGGGAAGUUACGUGUUAUUGAAGAGCCGUGUCCGCGUGGAUGUGGACAGGCUGGGAGGACUGAGCCCUAGGCUCUGAGACGGUGUGCAGUGGGUGUGGAGGAAUUUUCCAAACCGAGGCUGGACCUGAUGGCCGGCUGGAGAACUGGAGGCUUAGUUAGGCUAGGUCCCUUUCUCUUUGCAAUAUGUGUUGCCGAAGUUUACCGUAUUGUAACAAAUGUUUCGCCUGCGCGAGGUGUGUCGAGAACAAUACUUUGUUCGUGCCCGCUCUUUGACUCGACGAGUUGCUACCUUUUUACCUCGGUGUAACUUUUCAGUCCUUCUCGCGCACGUGGGUAAUGUACCGCAAUAUCCCAUUGCGUAUUGAUUAUCCAGAGGCCUUCUCUGAGGGAUUACCUUCUUUUUUGACAUCUUGGCCGUGUUUUUCCGUAGGACCACUUGCUUCUUUGCUUGAUCAAAUCGGCGUAACCCGAUGAAGCUUCAGUAGUUUCCCAUCCAAUUGAAGUUUUUUUAAGAUUUGUAAAUCUGGGAUUCAUAGAAACUGGAAUUCUUUUUUCCUUCUUUUUUUUUUAAGGCAAUGGUAAUCAAUUUUUGUCCUUCUGGCCCAAGAAAAGAAAAAAAUAUAUUAUCUGAUCUGUUCAAAAUGCUGAUCUGUUAUUAGUUUAAAAAUGGUUCAAGGAUUCCUAUCCACUGUGUGCCUGCCUCUGAAUUAAUAACCUUUCGAGAGUCUACAGUGUUGCCCAGGCGUGCUACCCCUUUACGAGGUGUAAAUAGUCUUUUCCCCUUUCAUAGAAAGGGCUCUACUUAAGUUGUUUAUGUGACUCCAGUUUUUUAAGAAACGGCGAGAUUUGUAAAUUAAAAACCCGUGUUCUCCAUCGUAGACACAGUGAUGACUGUUCCGGCAGCCCUUGCUCUGUAAGGUUGAGGAAAGCAGACUAGUUCGCUGAUGUUUGUGGAUUCUGUGGGAUCAGAGGGCACGCCUACUGCAAUCAGAAAACUUCAAGUGUAACAGCAGGGAUGGAUGAACAGGCUCUGUUAGGGCUAAAUCCAAACGCUGAUUCAGACUUUAGACAAAGGGCCCUAGCCUAUUUUGAGCAGUUGAAGAUUUCCCCAGAUGCUUGGCAGGUAUGUGCAGAAGCUCUGGCCCAGAGGACAUACAGUGAUGAUCACAUAAAGUUUUUCUGCUUUCAAGUAUUAGAACAUCAAGUUAAAUACAAAUAUUCAGAACUAACCACUGUUCAACAACAACUAAUUAGGGAGACACUCAUAUCUUGGCUUCAAGCUCAGAUGCUGGGCCUCCAACCAGAGAAGACCUUUAUACGCAACAAAGCAGCCCAAGUCUUCGCCUUGCUCUUUGUUACAGAAUAUCUCACUAAAUGGCCCAAGUUUUUUUUCGACAUUCUCUCAGUAGUGGACCUAAAUCCAAGGGGAGUAGAUCUGUACCUCCGAAUCCUCAUGGCUAUCGAUUCAGAGUUGGUAGAUCGUGAUGUGGUUCACACAUCAGAGGAGGCUCGUAGGAAUACGCUAAUAAAAGAUACCAUGAGAGAGCAGUGCAUUCCAAAUUUGGUGGAAUCGUGGUACCAAAUCUUACAGAAUUAUCAGUAUACUAAUUCAGAAGUGACAUGUCAGUGCCUUGAAGUAGUUGGGGCUUAUGUCUCUUGGAUAGACUUAUCCCUCAUAGCCAAUGAUAGGUUUAUAAAUAUGCUGCUAGGUCAUAUGUCAAUAGAAGUUCUACGGGAAGAAGCAUGUGACUGUUUAUUUGAAAUUGUAAAUAAAGGAAUGGACCCUGUUGAUAAAAUGAAGCUAGUAGAAUCUUUGUGUCAAGUAUUACAGACUGCUGGGUUUUUCAGUAUUGACCAGGAAGAAGAUGUGGACUUCCUGGCCAGGUUUUCUAAGCUGGUUAAUGGAAUGGGACAGUCACUGAUAGUUAGCUGGACUAAGUUAAUUAAGAGUGGGGAUAUCAAAAGUGCUCAAGAGGCCCUGCAAGCCAUUGAGACGAAAGUGGCGCUGAUGUUGCAGCUGCUCAUCCAUGAGGACGACGACAUCUCCUCUAACAUAAUUGGGUUUUGUUACGAUUAUCUGCAUAUUCUGAAGCAGCUUACCGUGCUCUCGGAUCAACAAAAAGCUAAUGUGGAGGCAAUAAUGUUGGCAGUUAUGAAGAAAUUGACUUAUGAUGAAGAAUAUAACUUUGAAAAUGAGGGUGAAGAUGAAGCCAUGUUUGUAGAAUAUAGAAAACAGCUGAAGUUACUGUUGGACAGACUUGCUCAAGUUUCACCAGAGUUACUGCUAGCUUCUGUUCGUAGAGUUUUUAGCUCUACACUUCAGAACUGGCAGACCACACGGUUUAUGGAAGUUGAAGUAGCAAUAAGGUUGCUGUAUAUGUUGGCAGAAGCUCUUCCCGUGUCUCACGGUGCUCACUUCUCAGGUGAUGUUUCAAAAGCUAGUGCUUUGCAGGAUAUGAUGCGAACUGUAAGUAUACCACAGCUGGUAACAUCAGGAGUCAGUUCCUACCAGCACACAUCCGUGACGCUGGAAUUCUUUGAAACUGUCGUGAGAUACGAAAAGUUUUUCACAGUUGAACCUCAGCACAUUCCAAAUGUACUAAUGGCUUUCUUAGAUCACAGGGGCCUCCGGCAUUCUAGUGCUAAAGUACGGAGUAGAACUGCUUACCUGUUCUCUAGAUUUGUCAAGUCUCUCAAUAAACAAAUGAAUCCUUUCAUUGAAGAUAUUUUGAAUAGAAUACAAGAUUUAUUGGUCCUUUCUCCACCAGAGAACGGAUACCAGUCCUUGUUGAGCAGCGAUGACCAACUGUUCAUUUAUGAGACAGCGGGAGUGCUUAUUGUUAAUAGUGAAUACCCAGCAGACAGGAAGCAAGUAUUAAUGAGGAAUCUGUUGACUCCACUGAUGGAGAAGUUUAAAAUUCUGUUAGAAAAGUUAAUGCUAGCGCAAGAUGAAGAAAGGCAGGCAUCUCUGGCAGACUGUCUGAACCACGCUGUUGGAUUUGCCAGUCGAACCAGCAAAGCUUUCAGCAACAAGCAGACGGUGAAACAGUGCGGCUGCUCCGAGGUGUAUCUGGACUGCUUGCAGACGUUCCUGCCGGCCCUCAGUUGUCCCUUACAGAAGGAUAUUCUCAGAAGUGGGGUUCGCACUUUCCUUCAUCGAAUGAUUAUCUGCCUAGAGGAAGAAGUCCUUCCAUUCAUCCCUUCCGCCUCGGAACACAUGCUCAAAGAUUGUGAAGCAAAAGACCUCCAGGAGUUCAUUCCCCUUAUCAACCAGAUUACAGCCAAAUUUAAGAUCCAGGUGUCCCCGUUUCUGCAGCAGAUGUUCAUGCCUCUGCUGCGUGCGAUUUUUGAAGUGCUUCUCCGACCGGCCGAAGAGAACGACCAGUCUGCUGCUUUGGAGAAGCAGAUGCUGCGGAGGAGCUACUUCGCCUUCCUGCAGACAGUGACGGGCAGCGGGAUGAGCGAAGUGAUAGCGAACCAGGGUGCAGAGAACGUAGAACAGGUGUUAGUGACGGUUAUCCAAGGAGCUGUUGACUACCCAGAUCCGAUUGCACAGAAAACAUGUUUCAUCAUCCUCUCCAAGCUGGUGGAACUCUGGGGAGGUAAAGAUGGACCGGUGGGCUUUGCCGAUUUUGUUUAUAAGCACAUCGUCCCUGCGUGUUUCCUGGCUCCUCUGAAGCAGACGUUUGACCUGGCGGACGCACAGACGGUGCUGGCUCUGUCUGAGUGUGCUGUGACACUGAAAACAAUUCAUCUCAAACGGGGGCCAGAAUGUGUUCAAUAUCUUCAACAGGAAUACCUGCCCUCCUUACAAGUAGCUCCAGAAAUAAUUCAGGAGUUCUGUCAAGCACUUCAGCAACCUGAUGCUAAAGUUUUUAAAAAUUAUUUAAAGGUGUUCUUCCAGAGAGCGAAGCCCUGAGGACUGGAUUGCCCUGUGCCUACAUCAUGAUCAGGGAUUCCAAUUAAUAAUUUAUAAAGAAAUGAUUUUUUUGUGUGCCAUUCACUCUGGUCUUUUAACAUUGCUUGGAGCUUGUGGCAGUGUACGUACUGGGAUUUUUCUGUAAAAUGGGUGUAAUUUCCCCCUAAAUACAGGUAUGUAACAAGGGAAGUUGCUGCAUGCCAGCUAAAUUGUUCUAUAUAAAAAUGUUGCAGAGUUAUCCUAUUACCUUAAUUUUUUUCUUGAUUUCAAAUUUUAAGUCCUUUAUAAAGACCAUAGAGUGGAAAACUACUUUUUUUAAAAAAAUUGCUGAAUAUAAAAUGUUUGAAAAUUUAGUUUUCUUUUACAUAUGCAGACAUAUAAAAUAUAGGGGGAAUAAAACAAUCAAAACUGAUUUUUUUUGUAGAUAGCCAUUACGUUUCCUUAAACUACUUCAAUGGCAAUGUGUAUUCUACAGAGAAAAUGGGUUCAUAAAUUCAUUGAUUUAAAAGUAGGUGCCAAUAUUACAUAUUUUUUAUUAAAAAAUAAAUUUUACGUAGUGAAAUCUAUCAAGUCUUUUCUGGAAUCAUUAUAAAGACUUUAGCUUUAUUUUCCCAUCUUAAUUUCUCUCUGAUUUUCCAUUUAAAGGUUUGCAAAAUCAAUGUGGAUGCCUUAUUUCACUGUCUCCUGAAAGGUUACAUGCAAUGUAAUUGUUAAAUAAGUCUUUUUUAAAUGCAUUAGAAAAAUCUUGUGUGAAUCUGUUGAUAUAAUUAAAACCGUGUUUUUCUUG